CCGGAAGGCGGCUCUGGUUCCGGGCCGCGCGGCGCCAUGGACUCGCUGUGGCGGCUGAAGAGGUUCGAUGCCUUCCCCAAGACCCUGGAAGACUUUCGGGUUAAGACGUGCGGGGGCGCGCUUGUGACGGUUGUCAGUGGGCUCAUCAUGGUGCUGCUGUUCUUCUCGGAGCUGCAGUACUACCUCACCAAGGAGGUUCAUCCUGAAUUAUACGUUGACAAAUCAAGGGGAGAUAAGCUGAAGAUCAACAUAGAUGUUACUUUUCCGCAUAUGCCUUGUGCUUAUUUGAGCAUUGAUGCGAUGGACGUAGCAGGAGAACAGCAGCUGGAUGUAGAGCACAAUCUGUUUAAGCAACGUUUGGAUAAAGCUGGCAAUCGUGUGACUCCAGAGGCUGAGAGACAUGAGCUCGGAAAGGAGGAAGAAAAAGUGUUUGAUCCAAAUACUUUGGAUGCUGAUCGUUGUGAGAGCUGUUACGGGGCAGAGUCCGAGGACAUUCGAUGUUGUAAUACUUGUGAUGAUGUCAGAGAAGCCUACAGGCGGCGAGGCUGGGCCUUCAAGAACCCAGAUACUAUAGAGCAAUGCAAGAGAGAAGGGUUUAGCCAGAAAAUGCAAGAACAAAAGAACGAGGGCUGCCAAGUGUAUGGUUUCCUGGAGGUCAACAAGGUAGCUGGAAAUUUUCACUUUGCACCAGGAAAAAGUUUCCAACAGUCCCAUGUACAUGUGCACGCUGUUGAGAUUCAUGACCUCCAGAGCUUCGGACUUGAUAAUAUCAAUAUGACGCACUACAUCAAACAUCUCUCAUUUGGAAGGGAUUAUCCAGGCAUCGUGAAUCCUCUGGAUGGGACAGACGUCACUGCACAGCAAGCUUCCAUGAUGUUUCAGUAUUUUGUCAAAGUGGUCCCCACAGUUUAUAUGAAGGUAGACGGUGAAGUGGUAAGGACUAACCAGUUUUCAGUUACACGACAUGAGAAAAUAGCCAACGGGCUAAUAGGAGACCAAGGUCUGCCUGGUGUAUUUGUGCUAUAUGAACUGUCACCCAUGAUGGUUAAGCUGACAGAGAAACACAGGCCCUUCACACACUUUCUCACAGGAGUUUGUGCCAUUGUUGGUGGCAUAUUUACAGUUGCAGGAUUCAUUGAUUCCUUGAUCUAUCACUCAGCACGUGCCAUCCAGAAGAAAAUCGAACUCGGGAAGGCAAUAUAAAUAAGCAGUGACCUCACCCACACAUUAAAAAAAAUAUAUAUCUGUAAGGGGAACUAAACAGGAUUUUCAAAAUAUAUGUGAUCUUCUGAGUACACGUGAGAAGAGGUUUGGAAUUACCAGAUGGCCCCAACUGCUCUUACUGUCUCAUCAUCCUUUGGCAUUAAUUUAUGGAUUGAACUGCUUGAAACUUGCUGCUAUAAAGAUUCAUUAGCCAUCUUGUCUGGCUGUGCAGACGCUACUGUAAAAACCCUCUUGUGUCAGUCCAUGUUCAUCCAGUUUGCCCUCCGAAAGAGCUGCUGGAGAUACUGCAUUCUUUUUGACUCCAGGAAUAAUGUACUAUAUUGUCAUGAGACCUGUGAUGGAUUGAAGUUGACAUCAAAUAAACUUUCUGGCAAUUUUAAAAAUUAUUUAAUUUUUUAUUUAAAAUUAUUCUUUAAAAAGUUUCUGAAUGUGCUGACAGUGUAUGCCAGACCUCUGUGGACAUGUGCUGAAUCCCAUGUGCUUUCCUUCCAGCUGUCCAGGGCAAUGUGAUGAGGCCUGGUGCUCAGGAUGUAUGAUGGGAUGUUUCUGUAUGAUGGGGCAUUGCAGAUGCUUCAGAUUGUUCUUAUGAAAGAUGCAAGCUAAUGUUUCAGGAAAAAAAAAAAAAAGUGUUUGGAGUUUUAAAUAAUUUUAAAAUUGGAUUGUGUUUGCACUUCCCCUCUGUUUAUAUUUUGUACUAAAGUCCAUCCUCUGUGUUUUGGUAAAGCAUUUGGAAGAAUAAUUAAAUUAUUUGAUCCA